AAAAACCCUUUUUUUUUUUUUUUUUUUUUUUUUUUAAAUUCCCAAAUUAACCCUUUCAAUUUAAUAAACAAAGACAUUUACCAUUUCACCCCUGCCAUCCUACAAAAUCCCCAUCCCAAGUAAACCAAAGUGCAUCCCCUCAUCAGCUCUGUCUUUUCUCUCUCGGAGACUCGUAAUGGAGAAAGGCGAGGGCUCAGCGGCCGAGCAAGACGCGGAGGAGACCACCCAGCACCACCUCACGAUUCCUGCCGGGUUGACUCAGGACGAGUUCGACGACUUGAAGCGGCUCGUGGCCGAGUUCCACAAGUACCCGGUGGGUCCCGGAAAAUGCUCUUCCCUACUCGCGCAGCGCGUGUACGCUCCGCCCGACAAGGUGUGGUCGGUGGUGCGCCGCUUCGACAAGCCCCAGACCUACAAGCACUUCAUCCGGAGCUGUACGGUCAAGGAGGGGUUUAAAAUGACCGUCGGGUGCACGAGGGACGUCAAUGUCAUUUCUGGGCUACCGGCGGCCACCAGCACGGAGCGGCUCGACUUUCUCGAUGAGGACCGCCACGUCACCGGUUUCAGUAUUACCGGCGGCGAGCACCGGCUCAAGAAUUACCGGUCGGUGACGACCGUGCAUGGGUUCGAGCGCGACGGGAGGAUCUGGACCGUCGUUUUGGAAUCGUACGUCGUCGAUGUGCCCGAGGGGAAUUCCGAGGAGGACACGCGUCUCUUCGCGGAUACAGUUGUCAAGUUGAAUCUCCAGAAGCUGGCGUCGGUCACCGAAGGGCUGGCGGGUGACGGUGACGCUAAAUCGCAGGUGAUGUGAGAAAAAAAAUUCACACCGAUUUUUAAAAGAAGAAAAGAAAAGAAAAAAAAAAAAAAUCUUUUUCUGGGGCUUUGUUUUGGGUUUUUUUAAUUUCUGAAUUUUGUAAGUACGCCGCCUCUCUUCCUUAUCUCUCUGUUUUUUAAAUUUGGAAUCAUCAAAAUGUCCUUUGGUUUAAUGGAUUGACCGGGAUGCCAUGCAUGAGUAAGUUGAAAUUGUGAGGAGAAGGUAAGGGCAUUUCAGUCAAUGCGUUUGUACAGAAAUGUCAAAGCUGAGGGACAGUGAUGUCAUGUCUUCUUUCUUUCUUUCUUGCUGCCAAAUUCCAAUGUGAAUAUUUGAUUUGGGCAUUUGGGUUUGCAACUCAAGUGUGCUUUUCAAUUUAUUUCCUCUCUCUCUCCA